AUAUAUAUAUAUUUUUAAAGGACCCGUCACUGCUACUAUUUGUCUGGUUUCACGAUUUUUGGUGCCACUGGGACAGCCCGCGAGGAGACGCUGCCGUGAGGAGGGCCAGCUCCGAGGGAGAGCACCGAGGCAGCCUCGAGGGCCAGUGCGCCGCCAAGGACAAAAGGAAGCCCGCGCCGCACGCCGCCGCACACCGUUCCUCCCGGAUCAGCAUGAAGAAGACCGAAAUGGGAAGGUUUAACAUCUCCCCGGAUGAGGACAGCAGCAGCUACAGCUCCAACAGUGACUUCAACUACUCGUACCCCACCAAGCAGGCUGCUCUGAAAAGCCAUUAUGUGGACGUGGAUCCUGAAAACCAGAACUUUUUACUUGAAUCCAAUUUGGGGAAGAAGAAGUACGAAACAGACUUUCAUCCAGGUACUACUACCUUUGGAAUGUCAGUAUUUAAUCUGAGCAAUGCGAUUGUGGGCAGUGGAAUCCUUGGGCUUUCUUAUGCCAUGGCUAAUACUGGAAUUGCUCUUUUUAUAAUUCUCUUGACGUUUGUGUCAAUAUUUUCCUUGUAUUCUGUUCAUCUCCUCUUGAAGACUGCCAAUGAGGGAGGAUCUUUAUUAUAUGAACAGUUGGGACAUAAGGCGUUCGGACUGGCUGGAAAGCUAGCAGCCUCCGGGUCCAUCACAAUGCAGAACAUCGGAGCUAUGUCAAGCUACCUCUUCAUAGUGAAAUAUGAGUUACCUUUGGUGAUCAAGGCAUUAAUGAACAUUGAAGAUACGACUGGGUUGUGGUAUCUGAACGGUGACUACCUGGUCCUGUUGGUGUCGUUGGUGCUUAUUCUUCCUUUGUCGCUGCUGAGGAACCUAGGGUACCUGGGGUACACCAGUGGUCUCUCCUUGCUGUGCAUGGUCUUCUUUCUGAUUGUGGUGAUCUGCAAGAAAUUCCAGAUCCCUUGCCCCGUAGAGGCUGCUCUGAUUAACGAAACUGUGAAUGGCACCUUGACCCACACGGCCCUGGCAGUUCUGGCACCCAACACCACCGCAGCUGACUGUUGCAAGCCACGUUAUUUUAUCUUCAACUCGAAGACGGUGUACGCGGUGCCCAUCCUGACCUUUUCCUUCGUCUGCCAUCCUGCUGUUCUCCCCAUCUAUGAGGAGCUCAAAGGCCGGAGCCGGAGAAGGAUGAUGAACGUGUCCAAGAUUUCUUUCUUCGCCAUGUUCCUGAUGUACCUGCUUGCUGCCCUCUUCGGAUACCUGACAUUUUACGAGCAUGUGGAAUCGGAAUUGCUUCAUACCUACUCUUCAAUCGUGGGGACCGACAUUCUGCUGCUUGUUGUCCGUUUGGCUGUGUUGGUGGCCGUCACCCUCACGGUGCCAGUGGUUAUCUUCCCGAUCCGGAGUUCCGUCACUCACCUGCUGUGUGCUGCAAAGGAUUUCAGUUGGUGGCGUCACAGUGUCAUCACCGUGUCUAUCUUGGCCUUUACCAAUUUGCUUGUCAUCUUUGUCCCUACGAUUAGAGACAUCUUUGGUUUCAUUGGGGCGUCGGCGGCGGCGAUGCUGAUCUUCAUCCUCCCGUCUGCCUUCUACAUCAAGUUGGUGAAGAAAGAACCCAUGAGAUCCGUGCAGAAGAUUGGGGCUCUGUGCUUCCUGCUGAGUGGCAUAGUGGUGAUGAUGGGCAGCAUGGCCUUGAUUGUUCUGGAUUGGGUACACAACGCCUCUGCAGGUGGCCACUAAUGCGCCACGGACGACGCUGCUCGCUCAGAGACUUCACCUGACGCUUUCCGUUCACUUCCUUUUGAAGUGCAGGUCCCUCGCUGGUUCUUCUGGAUGCAGAAUAAGUGAACUUUUCUUUCUUUUUGGUUUUUUGUUUUUUUUUUUUACAUUUUAUUUUAGAAGAAACUUAUCUGUGUGUUAGGGAAUGGAGAUGAACAACGAAACCACGAGUCUCGGGUUAAGGGAAGUGACAAUUUAUUCCAUUCCAGAGAAUGGACGAACUUUUAACUUUUAUCAAGCCACAUGUUUGGCUGUGUCAUUGUUUAACUUGGAUAUUUUAUGAUUUUACUUGAAUGUGCCUAACGGAACCAUUCGAUGUGAGAAACACUUCUUAAUUUACAGCAAAGUAUUGAAAUACGCAUUGAGAAAAAAACACUUAUUUUUUGUACCAAAAAAAUACUUUAAAAGACCUCAGAAGCACUAUUUUACUUUGAAGAAAUUGCAUUUUUUUGAACUUUAUCCAGAACCAGUUGUCAAUAAACUCCAUAAAACAAUUUCAUUGAUAUUUAAAAGUGAA